GAACAGCGAUUUGUGAUUUCUAGCCAGCCAACAGCGGCAGCUGAGUGAGCGGCCGACGACAGGUUAUCUCCCUUCCAAUAGGGGGCCAACUUGGCGGUAGCGCUCGCUCAGAGAGUUGCUAUUUAUUUAUUAACAUAUGUAUACGAGAACCUAUCGUGGCGUUGCUAUUGAAUGCUCCACCAAAGCAUUCCAAGUGAAAACUCCUUAAUAUUCAAAUUGGUCAUGAUUUUGCGUGGAGUCAGUGUAAAGAAUAUUAACUAGUUUGACUUUUAAAAGUAAAAUUUUCCGUACCGCGCUCCGUUUGACUUGCUUGUUUAUCUCAAACAAGAAAUUCAUAAAUUGAAUCUAUAAAUAAUUGCACGCGUCUCUAUUAUUUUGCUUGGCGAUCACAGAUAAUAUGUAUGUACAUACGAUACACUAUAUACAUAUCUGUAUGUAUAUUGAGCGAUCAUAAGCAGCUAAUAUGAGCACAUACAUAUAUGUAUGUAUAUGUAUAAAGAACAAUAGCAGAGGCUCGUGUAGGCGUCUACAUGUCCAUGUGUUAGAGAAAUGGGGGCCUGCCAACAAAUGGAACAUUGUCAUUAUCUUGUUUACGAGUUGUGCGACAAUUGACAGAUUUUACGCGUUUAUACCCUAAACAGGGUGUAUUAAGUAAGAAAUUCGGCAUGAUCUAUUUUCCAAGGCAAUAGUGCAAUCUCCGUAGAAAUUGUUCAGAUCGGAUAACUAUAGCAUAUUUCUGCCAAUACAAACUAACGGAUAAAAAUCAAGUUCUUUUAUAGAAACUUUUUUAUUUGUGAAGAGUAUUCUAGCUAGUUCAGGUUAUAGAUUGGUUUAUACAAGUUUUUUGACUACUUUGUUAAUUAGUAAUAAGAAAAUGUUAACCACAACAACGGCUUCUGAUUAUUUAUCCCUGAAAAAGACACCCAUUCGUUUUACAUCAGUUCGUUUCUCACAGCCGCCAUAUGAAGUAAGUCCUAGCUACUCUAAUACCGUUACGUUAUGAGCAAGGACGUGUCAAAACAAAUGCAGCAUUGCCAGUCGCAUUUGUUAAGUGCGUCAAAGCACAGAACGCCUGAUGACAAAUCAUAUAACUCAAUUUGGAGCGAAGGCUGUCGCACUCUCUUUUGUAAUAAGGAACGCUCACUGCAGUUUAUUGUGAGCGCGGAAAGGAACACAAGGAAAACGUCCACAGGUCCUUUUUAUUGAUUUUUCGUUGCCGAGUAGAAAAAGCAAACUCGAAGUAUUUGUCAAAUACUCAACUCAAGUGGCUGACAGUGAACGCUUAUCGACGAGUACACACAAAAUUAGCAUAUUUGACACGAAUUGGCGAUUGGCGAUUUGCGAAAAUUGUUGGGAUUGCAGUACAUCAAGAAUUACUGCUUAGAAAAAUAUCUAAAACAAAAUAUACUGCAGUGAGAAGUUAUUGCAAGAAAACUUAAAAAACAAAUAUUUGCAAAUGAAAACAAAGCAUUUAAUUGUGUGAAGAAAAUGUGACUUCUCGUUGGAGUUAACGUAGUGAAAACAAGCCGUUCAGUGUUAAAAAGGAUAAACAUAGAAAAAAAAUCGUCCUUCAACAACAUUCCAUCUGGUCAUGAAAUGACUUUUUAACAAAAAGUGUAUUCGGUAUUGGAAACGAGUUUCCAAAAUCUAGCGAAAAGAAAUAAAAUCCUCCAGGCUGCUUCGAAACUCCUUCAUUUUGCGGAGGACAGCAAAAAGGUGGUAAUAUAAUUGAAUGUCCCAACCUACCCCACACAAGAACUGGCGACUAACGAUAAAAAUCUGUAAGAGCUCGGAGGGAGCCCUCAAAGCGAAAUUCGCCUCCUUAAUAGCAAUUCAUUACAGUUAUCGUACAAAACAGCCGCUCAUUGUGCCCUCUUCUACUUAAUUUCCUGUCGUGCCACAGAAUAUUGUUUAAUCAAUAACGAAUAGAGCGAUUGGUGAACGUAGUGGUUACUACGUUACAACCACCGACACCCCCUCUAUGAGCUGCAUGUGUGUGUAGCAAAGUUAAAGCUAGUAAUCUUUCACCCACCCUCGCAAUGCUAAGGCAUUCUCAAACUACUUAGACCAAGCAAGUGUACGUUAGCGAGUCUUUUCACACCAACUGAGCGCCACAAAUUGCAUCCUAAACAUGUACAAGACGGUGCGGCAUGGCGAGAACAGCCUGCAAUAUACAAUACUGCCACAAAAUGAUGAUUUUCGCAUUGAGGGCAAGCUAUCAAGUGCCGGCAGUAACUGCAGUUCCACUACUGGACGCAAAGGAAAGGCGCGUCGACCAAAACGGCGCUCAUUCUUCGCAUACUUGGGAUUGAUUUUCAUUUGUACCGUUAUUGUCGGUGCAGUAUUGAUACCGUUUUUGGUCUCAGCCGAAUGCCUGCCCAACCCUACGGAAUGGUUCUUAAAGACAAAGGCAGCACUAACACACGGAGGCAACAUUAAUGGGCUGCAUAGAAACAGCGGUGGCCCAAGAAAAGCCGGUGCGAAUGGCAUUGGCAGUCCACAACACGCGCCGCUACACAACAGCGCCGCCAGCAUUGGCCAAAAGGUGGAAAUUAUCAAUCGCGACGGCGUGGAGAAAAUAAUUUUGCGCGUCAAUAAAACACAGACGCAGCCAAAUAUAAAUGUGACUCAAAUAAGACCCAUUGCUUAUGGUUCGGACAAAGAACAGCCUAUUCCACCUAUUGAUGAAAAAACUUCUUCGGCAAACGUUGAAUCGCAAACGGCUGUUGAGACUAAGAAUGGACUACUCACAACCACAAUCCCGGGAUUGAGCAACCAUGCACUUCAGGAUGUGCAUGUGUCGGCUAAUAAUACCACUGUCAAGCAGGCGUCGGAUGGAACAGGUAACUUCGUCACAGAAGUUCGGUUCGAAUCGGAUAGUAUUCAGCCCCCCAAGAUCGUAGUUAUCACCACACAACGUACACAGCUCUCGCAGAAUGUGGAUGAAAUCAGUAGCAACAGCAAUACAGAGCUGGACUUCAAUGCAAAUAGCGUUCAAGUGCCCAGUCGCAUAGUUCAAAAUAUUCCAACAGCUGCAAUACGUCCAACAACGUCCUUCUCCACAACAAGCAUAUAUUCCCCACAUGCACCGGCGGCUGCCUCCAUGGCGGUGGCAUCGUCAGCCAAUGCUAAUGCGAUUUCCAAUCAAAGCUCCACCAUACCCACCAUUACGACACGCAUAAUGCAAUUGCCACUGCUCAAGUCUACAGCAAAGAAACCGAUCAUACCGCCCGUGCUGGUGCGCACGAACUCAGAAAUUGUACCACAAAACCAAAACAGCAAUAAAGCGCCAACCGAAGACGAUGGCAUUGCCGCUGAUACCAGUGGCAGCGAAGUGUUGGAGGCUAUUAAGGUCAACGCGGAAACAAAGAACGCCGCCUGGAUUCAGUCGCAUUGGCCAUACAUUGAUCCUUCGACAUAUUUCCAGUGGACUGGUUACAAGGAGGAUAGCGUUCUGUUACCAGCUUUGCUGGGCUUCGCCUUAAUUGGCAUGAUUCUAAUCAUUGCAAUUUGCUUGAUAGCACGCAACAAGCGCGCCAUCGUUUCAUCGGUGCGCAAGCGAAAGCGCAACGAUGUGGAGGAGGCCGGUGCCGACGAUAACACAACGCUUUUGACUAAUGCAAAUCUCUCCGAUGAGGAUUAAAUACGCCACCAAAAACACCACACAUUUUGUUGGCAGUCAAACACACACACAGACACAUGUUCUCAGCCGGAGCAACCUGCCCUUAAAGAGGUCGCAAAUAAAACGACGAUCGGUCAUGACCACCAUUGCCGAACAAGUGAAAGCUGGAACGUUGUGCCGUGUAAACAGAUUCGCUACUAUUUGUUUGAUCGUAGGGUUUAUUUUCUCCCAAGUAAGCAAAGCUCACACAGGACACAAUCAGCAUUAUUAAGUGAAGAUAUUACCUAUAGAUGUGUUGAUAACACACUCAAGAAACCAUUAGUAUUACCUUAUUGCAUAUAUAUUCAUUUGAAAAGUAUGUGAAGCAGAUUUGUGAAAGACAAACACAGCAACAAAGUGUGCGUUCGAUUGGAAAACUACAAAGCAUGCUUUGAAACGCCCAACUUUUAUGAAUUUUAUGUUCAAAGCAGACAAAAUUCAUAUUAAGACUGUUGUAUUUAAUUCAAAAACGCUGUGUGUUUAAAGUACUAACUAUAAGUUAAUUAAUUAUAGUUUCUAAAUUUACAUAUGUAUUUAACUCCCAAAGACAAUGGUGAAGCGAACAAACAGGCUAGCUAUGCAAGCUUAAGAAAAUUACAUACAUACAUACGUGUGUGCAUGCACAGUAGAGCUAAAUGUGUAGGUCCCACUGUAUAAAAUCAGAAACCCGAAAAAAUGCGUAUGCAAUGUAAUCAGAGAAAAUUAUGUAAUUGAGCAUAAAAUUGAAAACUUCACCAAAUCACAAGUAGUAUAGACAUACAAACGUAAGCCUGCAUAUAAAUAUGUAUAAAAACAAAGUAAAUAUCGCAAACGUCCGCUGUAUUCGACAGGCAUUCGAGAAAGUGCAUUUUUCUUCGCGCCAGUUGCAACGCCUAAAAGUAGACUACAUGCAACGCCAGUAUCUAUAAUACCUUUAACCUGCUUGUGCCAUCUGCAAACAUACACACACACACAUAAGUACAUAAGUAAAAACAGGCUUAGAACUCUUGUAAAAAACAACAACUAAAUUUAGAUAUUCGACUCGCGCUGAUCCAAUGGCUUUAUAUGUACUUAUGUAACGCUAAACGAUCCUGCGCCAUAACUGGUACAGCCACAUAUGUAUAUGUAUAUUCCCACACACACACACACAAUUGUAUAACUGUAUUCGCCCCGAUAUUGUAUUGUUGAAACAGCAAAUUGAAAGUUGAACAAAAAUGUAGUUAUCGAACAGAAGAAGAGCAGACAUUUGAAAACUAUUUUUGUAAGACGAUGUGAUAGUAAGUAGACAAGCGUAAUUAGUGUUAACACGCAUAUAUACAAGCACAUGCAACAACAACCAAUCUAAAUAUUUAUGUACUGUACAGAGAUACCAACACAUACACAAAUACACAAAAGUUCGCAUUGCCAACAACAUCAUGAGGUGGGUUGCUUGAUCUAGACCCUUGCUGCCCAUUUUUUAUAUGAUUUUUAAUGGCAUUUCAAGAUUAUAAAAAAACUCAAAACAACUUCGAAGCCGUGCUUCCUGGUUGUCAUGAUUCCAACGCUGUCCUGCGCCGCGACACUAAAACGGCUAUAACUUCGAAAAUUAUUUGAAUUUUGAAUUUUAAAAAAUCCCUGAGAAGAGAGA